ACGUGGGUGUACUGUAGCUUAUAAGGAGACAGGCAGUGUGUUGCCCAAUCCUUAUUUUUCCACCGAGUUUUACCCAAGUUUUGCUUUUGAACAGAUCCGUUUUAAAUGAAAUAAGCGGAUGUAACUAAGCGGAACCCACAUCCGGAGUGCAACAGCAGCCACCGAAGACACCAAACGAACCUCUUGAUAGCGAUUUGACAAAUUCCUAUUUUUAGUUGAGUGGGUUUUGCUUCAAUGACCUGGCAACACAAAAACUCGUAGCCUCAAAGCGACCCAGGAAUGGGAAUCUCCAGGGAUCACUGGCACAAGCGUCGUAAAACAGGAGGAAAACGGAAGCCGUACCAUAAGAAAAGAAAGUAUGAGUUGGGCCGGCCUCCAGCAAACACAAAGAUUGGCCCCCGCCGUAUUCACACUGUGCGUGUGCGUGGCGGAAAUAAGAAAUACCGCGCACUUAGGCUGGACAGCGGGAACUUCUCCUGGGGCUCAGAAUGUUGUACUCGCAAGACCAGGAUCAUUGACGUUGUGUACAAUGCCUCCAACAAUGAGCUUGUGAGAACCAAGACCUUAGUGAAGAACUGCAUUGUUCUGGUGGACAGCGCGCCGUACAGGCAGUGGUAUGAAGCCCACUACGCCAUUCCUCUGGGCCGCAAGAAAGGAGCGAAGCUGACUCCAGAAGAGGAGGAGAUCUUGAACAAGAAGCGCUCAAAGAAGGUUCAGAAGAAGAUUGAGGGACGCAGGAAGAAGAGCAAGAUCAGCAGUUUGCUGGAGGAGCAGUUUUUGCAGGGCAAGCUUCUCGCUUGUAUUGCGUCCAGGCCUGGCCAGUGUGGCAGAGCAGACGGAUACAUCCUGGAGGGGAAAGAGUUGGAGUUUUACCUCCGCAAGAUCAAGGCCAAGAAAGGCAAAUAGACUCCAGCAAUAUAACCUGGGCUCCAUCGUAAGAUCAUUUAUGGCUGAAAAUGACUGCAAGAAUGUGAAAAAUGACUUGUAUUGUGAAAUAGUCUUAUAUUUCUUAAGCUAAAAUUUAAGCUAAUUAAUUUCCCUCAAAUAUUGCAUUUUGCACAAUAUAAAACCUUCAGCACUUUUACUCACAAACAGCACUUUCAUGUUACCAUUUAUUUAAUCUUUAUUCCUUUUUUAUGUCAGAUUUCACUAAACUAAAGUAUUUUUUUUUUCUAAAUUAAGUUAAAUAAUACAUUUCGAAUGAAAAUAAAAUGAGUAAUUCUUGAAUGUGGGUCAAAGAGAAUAACCCAAUUUGAUUUGAUGUCAAAAUUAAAUUAAUUUUUGUGAAUUAUGCAUGUUGAAAGUAAACGCGCACACACACACAUACAUAUAUAUAUACUUACUGCGA